AUGGCAGGUAUAUUACUGGGAGGUAUCGUCAAGGGCGUAGCGUCCGGCGUCGGUCUCGUGUCUGAAAGCAUACAUGACCACAAUGAGCGGAAAAAGGCAAAAGCCUACGGAUCAGUCGUCGACGGUGAAGCCGGCCACGGUGCUCGACAUGCCGACCGCGAAACCCCGACGCUCGAAGAGGGUGACGAGGAGCAUUGGGAGCUCGACGAAGCCCAGGAUGAGCUUACAGGCGUACACUCCCACGAUUCAUCAAUGUCGUUGUCCAAGCACGACCAGAUCAGUCCCACGAAAGUCACCGAUGCGUUCAUUCGCAGAUGCCCCGUCCCUGAGAAGGGCGUCCCAGCACGCCUGCCUCUGCCUGUCGUACUUCCACAGCGCAGACCCAAAGAUCGGUCACGAGGUUUCAUCCGAGCGUACGCACCUGACCUUGCAGCCAAGGAAAUUGACCAACACAUGUUCCUCGACUUCAUCGAGACGUUCAACAUGGCAAGUCAAGCUAACCCAUGGUUGAACGCGAUCAAUUUGGCUGGAUUGGCCACCUGGGCAUUGCCUCCAGAUGUACAAACCCGGGAAAGACAAAAUACCUUCCUAGAUCGCAUUAACGACGAAUUCUUCCAGCCUCGAGGACUUUACUGCCUGGUCCUCACAUGGCAACCCGACUCAACCGAGCUACAUACUCCGAUUGACCUGAACGCCACCAUUGCCCAGCGCGAAGAGCAUGUGCAUGGAAUGGACAAACUCAAGAGAAACAUGAAAACCGGCAGUGCUGUCGGCGACGUCGAAUUCACCGAGUGUGCAACUUUGGUCUUCCCCAAACUCGAUGAGCUGGCAGAUCAGCAUGGUCCUGACGCCGACAGCAAGAAAGCCAAGCUCAGGCACUACAAGGCCUUUUCGGAGACGUAUUUCGACCGCCGAGCGCAAGCGAAACUUCCUGGUAAAAAUCCGAGCAGUUUCAUGGCCAAACUCAACGGACCAACACCCAAGUUCACAUCGAGAUAUGCUGAUCCCAACAACCCGGCCAGCAACGGCAAUCUCUUCUCCUUGCUGAGUGGGGGCUUAAUCAACACAGGUCCUCCACUCGGUACCAAGGGCAGCCAACUCGGUGGUGGCCUACUCGGUAAUCGGGGAGGCGGCUUUGGGCGGUCAAACAGCGGAGGUCUCUUCGGUUCUAGACGGCAAGACGAUUAUGGUUCUGACUACCAACAACCCUACCAGCAACAGCAAGGAUACUAUGAUGAACAAGGCUAUUACCACCAGGCCCACAGCAGUCAGCAGCAGCAGGGUAUGGGUAGCGGCUACAGCGAUGAUUCCGACAGGGGUGGGUUUGGUGGCACUGGCGGACCGCUGGAUGGUCUUGUCGGCACCAUUCUUGGUGGUGGAGUCGGUGGCGCGAACCCUAUCAGGCGCAUCCUCAAGAAGAAUGUUUUGUAUCUGAUGGUUGUCAAUAUGCCGACGGAGCAAGAGCUUGCUGCUGGGCACGAAUUCGCUAGAAGGGCGGCGGAGCAGGGAGGAUCGCAUACGGCUCAAGAUUUCAGAUACUGA